AUGGGACUUGGUCUGAUACGCCUCGAAGGCCACCAGAGGCGAAGUUACGAUGUCGUCUUCCGCUGCCCUAGCCGCCGCCGCCGCCUCAGUGCAGCCGCCGCCGGCUCGUCUCCGCUUGCCGCCUGCCGCCUCCGUGCAGCCGCCGCCGGCUCCUGUCUCCUGCCUGCCGCCGCCUCCGUGCGGCCGCCGCGGCGCUGCCCCGCCUGCCGCCGCUCCUAUGCUGCCGCAGGCGGCGCCUAUUCUUCCGCCGGCGCUCGCCCGCUUCUCGAACGGCGGCAUCGCCCCCGGCGCUGCGAUGUCUCCCUUCGCCCCGCUCUCCACUCUAACCGCGGGUGCGAUGUUUCGAGCCAGAUCGCUCCUGUGCCGGGCUUCGUCUCGCCGCCGAUCGUCUCCACGGUGCCUGCGCCUACGUCGCUUGCGUCUCCGAUCACGGCGGCUCCAGCGCUGCCUUCGGCUCCACUGCCUACACCGACCGCCCCUCCUCCGUCGACGGUCGCUGCUGCCGCUCCGCUCGGGUUCUACUUCAACCCUACCCCGGAGCACUUCAACGCCCUUGCACUCUACCAGGGGCUCCUGCAGGCCGGCUCCUCGUCGAUGCCGUCGUCCUCGUUCGCGCCAUCGGUCCCCCUGGGUGGCCUCGCCUCUGAUCCCUAUGGGUAUGGUGGUGCAUAUGGUGGCGCGCACCAACUCGGGCUUCUCCGGGCUCCCGCUCCUACGCCUACUGCUGCUCCGCCUGGCCCGUCAUAUGGUGCGGCUCCGCCCCCUGGCGUGCCCUCACCUGCUGCCUAUGCAAUGGCCGGCGCACCUGCGGGCGGCGUGGCGCCCUUCUACAUCGCCCACCUUAUCCCGGUGAAGCUGUCGCCGGAUAACUACCUGGCAUGGCGUGCCCAGGUGCUCCCUCUGCUUCGGAGCCGUCACCUCGAGGGCUUCAUCGAUGGCUCCCUACCGUGCCCUCCGUCGUAUCAUCCGGCCUAUCAUCAGUGGGUGGCGCAGGAUCAAGCCAUCCUCUCUCGGGAUUCGGUCUUCCUUGAUCGUUAG